UCUGUCUGGCUUUUCUUUUUUUAUAGCCUUGAGAAAUGAUAAGGUUGUGUAGUUACUCUAGUUUACUUCUGCAAACAGGUGGUUUUGCAACCUAUUUUAUUGCCAUGAGUGACAUCGUCGCGAAGCAGUUGCCAGGACCAGUCGAUGCUAAAGACAUCAAGAAUCCCAGCUUCGGGUGGAUGGCACUGUUUCUUUUGCUCUCUAGUGCUGCCGGCCUAUUCAUUAUAUUGCCUCUUCGAAAGUUCUUUAUCAUUGACAAGAAGUUGCCAUUCCCAACCGGAUCUGCAUCAGCUAAUUACAUAAACAGCUUCCACGCUCCCCGGAGUGGCAAAAUGAAUGGCAGGGAGCAGAUCGAAAAACUGAGGAGAUUCUUCACGAUUAGCUUUCUUUGGAGCAUAUUUCAAUGGUUAUACAGUGGAGGUGACUCAUGCGGAUUCACAAACUUCCCCACUUUUGGACUCAAAGCAUUUGAAAGGAGCUUCUAUUUUGACUUCUAUUCAGCAUAUAUUGGCAUUGGAAUGAUGUGUCCAUUCGAAAUCACCUAUUCACAAUUGCUCGGAGCAAUCCUCUCGUCAGGUGUAUUGUGGCCUUACAUAGAGACCAAGAGCGGUGACUGGUAUCCUGUAGAAGACGGUGGCUAUCAACCUUAUAAGGUCUUCAUUGGCCUCUCCAUCAUGAUUGGUGAUGGAGUCUAUAACCUGAUAAAGAUCAUUGUUAUUGGGUUGAUCAAGCAUAAGAACAACGAUAAUUCUCCUGCCUUGCCUGUCGAGAACCCCAUCCAUGGGAAAAACCCUGUACCCUAUGAUGAAGAGGUUAGAACCAAAACCUUCCUCAAGGACCAAAUUCCAAAGAGAGUGGCGAUCGGUGGCUAUGUCGCAAUAGCUAUUAUAUCCGUAGUAGUUUUCCCAUUCAUCUUCCCCGGACUCAGGUGGUACCAAGUGUUGACCCUCUACCUGAUAUCCCCCUUGGUAGGAUUGUGCAGAGCCUACGUGACCGCUUUAACCGACAUGUCGAUAUCAACAGUUCUUCUGAAGUCAGCUGUCUUAAUCUUCGGUUCAUGGGCUGGAAAGUCCAGUGGCAGCAUCCUAGCCACGCUCGCCGUUCCUGGGAUACUCCUGCAUUUCGUGGAGGUAGCUUCCAAUAUGACGGAGUCCUUCAAACUAGGCUACCUAACCCUUUCCUCCCCCAAGUCCAUAUUCUUGAGCCAACUGAUUGGGACUUUAGUGGGCUGUUUUGUCGCUCCUUCCUUCUUCUUGUACUUCAAGAACCGCUACCCGGAUGGGUUUGGAACGCCUAAUUCUAUCUUUUCAGCUUCCGAGGCCAGCUAUGGUAGAGAUACCGCCAUGCGUGCAACAAAUGGGCUCUCUACACUGCCAAAGCAUUGCCUCAGCCUCUCUCUGGCGUUCUUUUUUGCGGCCAUUCUCGUCAGCUUGCUCAGAGACUCGAUGCCAAGGAAGUGGAAGAGUCUGAUACCGAUACCCAUGGUGUUCGCCGUGCCAUUCAACCUUGGAGCCUAUCUCAGCAUCGACAUGUGCGUCGGGUACCUGAUCUUCUACUUCUGGAGAAGGAAGAACAAGGCCCAAGCCGAGGCGCUGGCCCCUUUCGUCGGGUCAGCACUGAUGUUUGGAGAUGGGUUGUGGACGUUUCCCAGUACUGUACUCAGCAUGAGGAACAUAAUUGCGCCAAUGUGCAUGAGGUUUCUGUCCAAGGAGGAGAGUGCCCAAGUUGAAACUUGCCUCAGCAGCGGUUCUUGA